AUGUUGCCUGCUGGCCAGACUAUCGCCAGCGGCCCCGACAGCGCACGCAAGCGCGGCAACGAGCUCUUUGUCGCCGGCCGUUACGCCGACGCGGCCGCUGCCUAUUCCGCCGGCCUGGCAGACGCUGGCAUCCGGGACGUCGAGCGCGGAACGCUGCUGAGCAACCGCGCCGCAGCAUACCUGAAGCUCGGCGACGCGCCCGCAGCCGCCGCCGACGCGCGCGCCGCCCUCCGCCUGCAGCCAUGCAACGCGAAGGCGCAUGCGCGCCUGGCGCGCGCGCUGCCGCGCGGGGACGUGCUUGAGGCGCCCGCCGCCGUGGCGGCGGCGGUCGCGCUGCUGGGCCCCCACCUGGACGCUGAGCUGGUCAGCUUGUACGCCGCCGUCCGCGACGCCACAGCCGACGCCGUAGCAGCCGCUGCAGCGGCGGCCUCCCCAUCAGCGCCGCCGCCCGCCGAGCCGCCCGCGGGCCCGGCGGCGGUGCUGCCCCUACCGCGCGAUCCCGCGGCGGUCGCGCUCGCCUCCACGUGGCGCGAGGCGGCGGCUGCCGCGGCGGCCGGCGCCGAGCUCGUUGUGCUGCAGCCGGGCGUAUACGAAACUGCACUUGGCUACAUCCCAUGCUCGGUGCUCGGCCUCGGCGGCGCAGAGCUGCGUUCCGCCGGCAGCCACGUCAUCCAGCACGCCGCGGCGCGCAGGCGCCUGGUGAUCGCAAACAUGCGCCUGGGCGGCACCGGCCGUGCCGCGGCGGCGUGCGUCUGGGGGGCGGGCGCGCAGCUGUCGCUGAUUGGCUGCACUGUCGCGGGCCGCGACGACGUCGGCGUGCUCGUCACCCUGGGCGGGAUUGCCGCCCUGGAGGGCUGCAAGAUCUCAAACACCUCCAAGCAGGCGAUAGAGGUUCGCGAGGGCGGCCGCCUGUCCGCGGCGCGGGUCACUGUCGAGGACUGCAUGCAGGGCGUGGCCGCCGCCGGCGGCGCGCGGUCGGUUGUGCUGCGCGAGUGCUCCAUCCUGCGCAGCCGCUUCGAGGGUUUGAUGCUUCAGGGCACUUACACAAACGCGGUGUCAGAGGCGCAGGCGGUCUUGCUGCAGCGGCAGCAGCAGGCUCCGCUGUCCGAAGCCGAUGCCCACGGCCACCUCGUCUCGGCGCAGGCCCAGGCGUCAGGCCGCCGGCUUGGCACGCCGCUCGACGCCGCCCUGUUUGGCUGCACGAUCGCCGGCAGCGGCGGCUUUGGCAUCUCCGCUGACAUGGGCGCCAACGUCACCCUUGCCGGCUGCCGCCUGGAGCUCAACAGCCCCAUUUCUGUGUUCAUCAAAGGCGGCACCGACGCCACCCUUAUCGGCUGUCAGAUAAUCUACAGCGGCGCCAAGCCAAGCCACCCCUCGCAGUUCGCCCCGCCUGGCACGCGGCAGUCGGGCGCCAGGGUCGCCGUCAACUAUGCAGGCGCCGUCGUGGUCGCGGGCUGCGCCUUCGCCGGGCCCCCGGGUCUCGCCGUCCACGAGGAGCUUGCCGGCGCCGCGGCCGGCGGCGCCCGCCCCGGCGCACGUGCCGGCAACGCCGGCCGCCCUCGCUGA